CAUUUCCAUAUUCUCUGCAUUUCUCUGUGUCAAAGGACGUCCGAGAUUUUCAGGCGACAUUCUCAGUUUCUCAGAGUUAACUUUUCAGGUAAUAAGAAAUGGACUUUGUUAGCGAAAUAGGAGAACUCCGGGGUAACCAGGGUAUGGAAGGGGAAGGGAACGUAAUAGCCGUAGAACCCAUUACCAUGAUUGUGCCACCGAAACUGCAAGACGUGCCGGAAACCCCUACGCCGGAGAUGAGUGCCAGUUCAGGUGCGCGCGAGGGUUCCAGCGCAGACCCCGCUCCGUCAUCUAAAGGGUCGUCAUCCGAAAACACUGCCAGUACAGGUAGCCCCUCGCCGGAAAGUAUGGAGGUGGCCGUGAAUUUGCCUCCGGUUGCAGGUUGGGAAAAUAAAACCAUAAGUGGUAGGUUGAGCAACCUUCGCAAAGCGCCAAAUACGCUGACGGCCGGAUUUCGGUUUAGGGCGAACCUGCAUCAUGAGGUAGCAGACUGCCCUACCUCCAUUAAAGGGUAUAAGAGACUGGAGGAAGUGGUGAGACAGUACCACGUUCCUAGGACAGUUUUGUUACGAACAGGAACCAAAAAUGAAAGGGCCUGCAGUGUGUCAGCACAGGGUGGAUACCUGUUUUAUGCUGCUGUGUGCAAGGUUGCAGAUACCUGCGAAGGCCAUUGUUUUCAGAUCGCUAUUUUUGUGCCGGCUGAGUACUACACAGACGAGGUGGUACUACAUUUCUGGAGGGUUAGCACCGAUCUGGCAGCUCGUCUUUCUGAGUGGCGCCCUGGGCACGCGUACAUGAACUACCCCACAUUAACCCCUGGCGACCUGGAGCUUAGGGAUAGGAUCACCAAUUGUGUGAAGGGAGGGGGGUUAGUUGAUUUGGAAGCCCUGGUUACCCCCGAGCUGCUCGCUAUGCGUGGGUUUGUGGAUAUCGCAAACCUGUUUAGUGAAGGAGAGAUGAGUAGCAUGCUUGAGAGACAACGGGAACGAGCUCAGCGCUCUCGAGGUAGGGGAACUGGGUCAAGCGCGAGGAGGCAAACGCGCUUUGACGAGCUGCCGCCUGCAGCACCUCGCAGCUCGGCACAGAGGGAACAGGCUUCCAGCUCGGUCUCGAGGCCACAGGCCGAGCGUAGGGUAGAGCCCGCUCCUGCUGAUCUACGGAGGCGCGUUCGUGAAGAAUCUGACGCUGAAGAUGAUGUACCACUAACCCGGCGCAGGUUGGAUGCUGGGAGACAACCUGGAGUGGUGCGUUCACCUGAGGCGCCUACGGUCCAGGCGCGUAGCGCAGCUGAGGCGCUUCCACCACCAGUAGCUAGUGGGGGGCCUAGAAUCGCAUACCCUGAGGGUUUUAGCUACACCAAACCCGACUGUCAGCUCGUGAUGGUCCAGGGUAUGCAGAAUUUCGUCCCUCCUGUGGACCGUCAUCGUGCCAAAGGCUACAUUCAGCAGCACGGGACUCACGCUGCAAUGCUGAAGAUGAUGGAUGCGCUAAGCUAUUCUGUAGCUUUAUUCGAGAGCGAGCAAGUAGCUCGAAUACAGAAUAGAGAGCUGGCUGACAAUUGCAAACGGCUGUCCUCAGACAAGGCGAGUUUGGAGGACGAGGUGAACCGUUUGCAAAGCUCAGAGAUGGCCAAUAGGGCUGCAUCAGCCGAAAGCCGGGCUGACGAGCUGGCUAACAAGGUCACCCAGCUGCAGGAGGAGCUGGAUAAGGUGAAAGCUGAGAAGGAGAGUGGGAUUCAAGCGGCCAUGGAUGAGGUCGUUCGCGCAGUGGAUCUCAGGAAAAAGGUGGAAGCUGAGAGAGAUGUCGCGCUGAACGAUCUCAACGCCCUGAGGGGGCGGGUUGCUGUGGCCAAUCAGAAUCUUGGUCGCGCAGAGGAGUCUUUAAGGCAGGCCAAAGCUCAACACCAGCGCUGUAUUAUCAUCGCGCGAGCUCAAGGCACAGAAUGGCUGGUAGGUGCUGACAUGUUCCAGGACGCCGUAGCUGUGGCGUCCAUGAACACCACAACUGAGAUCUACAAUGACGUUCGUGGUAAGGUGUUGAAGCACCGGCCGGACUUCCCGAUCAACGAGCUCGCGUUUUUUGAAGGUGAAGAGUUCGACGCAGAAGGGAAGAGCCUUACUGAACCUUCUGACAUGACGGUGAGGCUCCGGUGGGAGCUGAACGAAGAAGGAUUGCCAACAUGGCCACCGUCUGUCCUUGAAGAAGGAGAGGAGUUUGAGAACCUGCCAAGGUUCGACACCUGGGCUGGUGAUGCUCCUGUAGAAGAAGCUGAACCUUCAAGUACUCCUCCUGCGCCUCAGCCCGCCUCUGCUGUGGCCUCCCUCCCAGCUCGUGCUGACGCGUCCGCUCCCGUAGACUUAACGGACGAUUAGACUUAGGCUUUUUCUGUUUCUUAUACUUGUGUAUUUUCAAUAUUUCUUUGUUGGUAACACAUUUUGUAGUUUCAUGGACACCCCAUGUAAUGAAUUUGCAAAGAAUACAACUGAAACGAAUUU